CCGGAACCUGCGCGUUCGCGGCCGCUCGGUGGAGGAGGGCCAGCGCCCAGGGCAGGGAGCGGGGCGAUGCUCCGGCUGCGCGGCUGCUACCCGCGGCCCUGCGGCUCUCUGGUGCCUGCGGAGCGGGGCCGGGCGGCCGGCCGCGCCCUGCGGGUACUGGUGGACAUGGAUGGCGUGCUGGCCGACUUCGAGGGCGGCUUCCUCAGGAAGUUCCGCGCACGCUUCCCGGACCUACCCUUCGUGGCGCUGGAGGACCGGCGCGGCUUCUGGGUGUCGGAGCAGUACGGUCGCCUGCAGCCCGGGCUGAGCGAGAAGGCCAUCAGCAUUUGGGAGUCGAAGAAUUUCUUCUUUGAACUUGAGCCUCUGCCAGGGGCUGUGGAAGCUGUGAAACAGAUGGCCAGUUUGCAGAACACUGAUGUCUUCAUCUGCACAAGCCCCAUCAAGAUGUUCAAGUACUGUCCCUAUGAGAAGUAUGCCUGGGUGGAGAAACACUUUGGUCCUGACUUUCUGGAGCAAAUUGUGCUGACCAGAGACAAGACUGUGGUCUCUGCCGACAUUCUUAUUGAUGACCGACCGGAUAUCACAGGGGCUGAGCCACACCCCAGCUGGGAGCACAUCCUCUUCACCUCCUGCCACAAUCGCCACCUACAGCUGCAGCCUCCACACCGCAGGCUGCACUCAUGGGCGGAUGACUGGAGGGCAAUCCUGGACAGCAAGCGGCUCUGCUGAGAGUUGUGCUGUGGCUCCCCCACUGCCCAACAUAGAGUUCACAGCUCACGCACGACUGGACAGCAAGUGGGCCAGCUGAGGGCUGUGCUGUGGCUCCCUGGCAGCUCCUGGAGAAUCCCCACUGGACACCUCAGCCAAGAUAACUUCUUGCCACAUGUCCCCUCCUACCACCAGCCCAGCAAGGCCUUAAUCUGAUCUUGGGGCAGAACUGAGAGAAAGGCAAGUGUUCACAGGCAGCUGGGUAGGACCUCAGGCAGUAGCCCCAGGCUACCACCUCUCACUGCUUACAACAGAGAUGUUCCCUGAGGCAUUGGGGUACAGUAGCCCAGGGUCUGCAGGCUUUUCAAGGUAAGGAGUGCCAGGGACUGAUGACAGGCAUGCACCCUUCCACCUCUACCAUGACACUUCAUCCAACCUGCUACUCAGUCUUCUCUCUCAUGGCACACUUAGCAGGUUCCAGUGGCUACCAGGCUGUGCUGGGGGCCAACAGUGACCCUGCCUAUGGCCAAUGCUGAGAUAUUUUGCUCACUGUCCCAAGGUCCCAUUCAGGGACCAGUAAGGAGUUGGCAGAAUGGAACAUUUGUUGAACACAUGAGAAAUAAAUGCUGUUCACAUGUAGCCUGCAGUGUGGCCUUCUCUAGCACCUGCCCCAGGAUCCUCUAGUAUGCCAACUGCCUGUUAUGUGUCUGGGAGUCCCAUGCACUGACCAGCAGGAUAGAGGUGGGCAUAGCUCUCCUCUGUGUGCCUCACAUGAUGCCACAGGGGACAAAGGCAAGAUGGUUCUGAUGGUGGCCCAGCUGGCAGCUUGAAUAUCUUGCUUGGCCCACUCCACUUGACCUGGCCGGACUGGGCCUCCCUCAAGUACCGCUCUCCACCUGGCCCUACAGGUGGGGAUAGAGUCCCUCCUCUGCUCUUCUCCCACAACCAAGUUCCUGUAAGACCUUGGACCUGCUUUUACAGCCUCAGCUUUUGUGCCUUUUGAGCCCAUGUGGGGGUGACACUUGAUUCAGCUACCUUCCCACUGUCCUCCUACAAAUCUGGGGGACCAUGGCCUUGAAGACCAAUUUCAUUCUCAAAAUCCCAAUGGACAUGGUGGCACAUGCCUGUUUUCCCAACACGUUAGGGGAUUGAGGCAGGAGUAUUGCUGUGAGUUCAAGGCCAGCCUGGGCGACAUAGCAAGACCCUGACUCAAAACACAAAGACUCAGCAUCCCAGUUUGUCCCUUCUCUGAGCCUUCAUUGUAUGCCUUUCAGCAUCUGUGAGAGGUAAUCUUUUGGCUGUCUAGGGACACGGCCAGGUGGGGAAAAGAACAGCAGAGAGAACCCUAGUCCCAGAGUUGACAAGGAUUUUCAUUUCCCAGCUUUCAGCCUCAGCUCUAUCACCCAGCCUAGGGAGGGAGGCCCUGGGCUCCACCACCCGGCCUGGACCAUGGGCAGCUCUCUAUAAUACUACCCCAUUGCAGUGUGUUAUCCCUUGGACUGGGGGUGUGAGUGGGAGUCCCUUCAUGGGAACGUGUGGCAGUUGUGUCAUUUGGUCCUGAAGCUCGGGCAGGGUAGUGUCCAGUAAAGGUCUGACAUGGGUCCCUGGGAGAAAGCCAGUUACUGGAAUGUAGGCUUGGUGUCUGCUCUGGAGACCCUCUACUGCCCUGCACUUACUCCUGCUGAGGCCCUCUGAGCAGGGCCAGGAGACAAUGUGACACACGGGAUGGAUGAGUUACUUCUCUGUGACUCCUGGUGGUAGACUUUUCUUUGCUGUCAGCAGCAGGUCCUGUUUAUCAUGUUUCCACAUGACCCCCUGCUGCUAAGUGCCAAGUCUCCACUUAGACCCAUUCAGGGCUGGUCAUUCUGUGGCAAUGAGGGUACUUUCUGUUGCUUGUGACCCUUGGGGAUAAGGAGAAAGGAUAGGGUCCAUCAUGUACCUACCAGGUGCCACAGCUUAUGUCCGAUCCAAGGACAGAACAGUAAACGAAGACCACUCAGCCUUGCCUUGAAAACAUAAUGACUAUAAUUCAGGGAGCAGAAAGCAGUGUAGCUCAUUUCUAUCCUGGUCCUGUUCUGUCAAUUACAGACAACCUUGCUGAGAUUUACCAGCCCUGUCUGGGUUUCUUCCUCCUACCUCCUGCUCAGGGAAUCUCUGGACCCUGGACCCUUCAUAGAAGGGCCUGGUGUCUAGCUCUAGUAAUCCUUAUACUUGUGCUAGGAAUGCUGAGAAUAGUGUCUACCAACCCCUGGGUGAACUAGGUGGGUAGAAGCACCUCAGAACACUCAGGAAGCACCAUAGGGAAGUUCCUUCCUGAAGUUCCUCUGUCCUCUUGGGUCCUCCUCUUCAGGCCUCACUAUCCUAGGGACCCAGCAGGGUUCCCAAGAUGCUCAAGUACAACCCACACCCAAUGAGGGUCAGAUAGAAACAUCACUGUGCCUUGUUGAGCUUUAAUUACAUCACUUGCUUUCCUUAAGAGCAUGUCCUUGCACCAUGGGCACUGCCCACUGGGGAUGUGAAGAAGAGCAGUGCUGCCUCCCAGCCUCUCUCAUGGAGUGGAGUGGCCGACUCCAGAGCGCAGCCCAUCCAACAUCAGAUGUUGUCCUGCCAGGCCCCUUC